CGGCUGCUCAACCUCCCUUCUUCCCUCCCUUGCUCUCCCUGCUUCCCUCCCUCCUCCACCCGCCCCUCGGGCAGGGACUGUGCAAAUCGAGGAGAGGGGAGGACCAACAGGCUACACAGGGUCCAGCUAAGGGGCCACGACUCCUCACUGAGACCCUAUCCAAGCUAGGUGUUCCCCGCAUCGUGGAACCUGGAUUUGUGUGGAGCGGGGUGAUUCCCGGGCAAGGAAGGUUCUUCCGGCAGGUCCACCAUACCUUCGUCUCGCAUCAGGACCCCCCUUGGAUGCUCUGAGCCACCCUUCUCAACCCGGAUCUAAAACCUGGGACACGGCUAUCAGGCCAGCCUCUCUCUCCCUCCACCCCUCCCCCUCUUUCUGGCGUCCAUCCCCUCCCCAACACCACCUCUGCUGCUGCCUCUGGCUGUGGACUUGCACCUCUUCUCCGUCCUCACCGGGCCGGGAGAGUGGGGUUAGCCUGGAUGAGAGUGUGCCCCUAACCUGGGGCCCUCCCGGGCCAUGGCUCGUGUGCUCCCAGGGAGGAGUCCAGGACCCUGAGCCUCUGCUAGAAGCUUGGCAGAGGCCCCGCUGGGACCGUGUCUUCUGAGGACAAAAGGCUGCGGCCAGCAGGCAGACUGGGUGGGGGGUGGGGGGAACCGGCAGGCAGGCAGGCAGACCAGUAGCAGAGCUAGCUCUGGCCCCUCCCAGACUGGUGGUGGUAUAAAGAUGGGGGUGGGAGUGUGUAGCGGGAGAAGCACCUACCAGGACCCCCAUCUGCCCACUACUUGGGCACCCCAAAGCUGUGUGCUGCCCACCUGGUGUUCCCCAUCAUCUCCAGCUCUACCAAGUGCACCCCUCUGGCACCUGCUUCCCCUGCUGCCAGCGAUUUAGACCAACCAGGCUGUAUCCACGGCAACAGAAGCAGGAGUGUCACUGGCUGCCAGAUCACUGAGGGUCCCACAAUGUGGCCUGGACUGUGGUUUAUCCUGCUUGAGAUCGAGUGAGUUCCCUUCCUGAAUUCCAAGCCGGUCCUGCUAAGAGAACCCAGUUUCUACCCACAGGUAAUAUACUUUUGCUCACUCACCCUGGAAGAUGUGUCCCAGCUAGUGGGAGGAAGCUGCUAUAGGAAUAGAGGAAGAUACCCAUAAUGUGUUUGGGACCUCCAGAUCAAUGACACAGUAGCCGGAGGUCCCUGUAUCUGGAAGUGCAGGAAAACCUGGUAUAUGGAGAACAUGGAUUCUACUAGGGACACAUCUCCUAACUACUAAGCUCACAACUUUAGUGGAGGCAUGUCACUUGUUGAACCUUGUUUUUCCCAUUUGUCAAAGAGACUGGUAACCCUUUCUUUGUGAAUGUGUGCGGGGAUUAAAUAAAUUGAUGCAUGCAAAUAAUUAAACGUGUGCAUAGGAUGGCACCGAGCAGUGUCAGCAAAGCUCAGGGUCAAUAUUAUUGCUGGUUGUUCGUGAUUCGUGUUGCUAUUGAUUAGGGAAAGGAUCAGCACCUUUUCUCCAGGGGCUCAGCAGAGCUCUAGAGAAGGCAGCAGGUGGAAAGAUGGAGAGAAAGAGAAUGGCAUUAUUGCUGUUACUUGUCAUUUGUCAGGAAUGAUGAGUAGUGUAGACAGUCAUUCUCAUCCUACUUGGGGUUCUUCCCCUCCUGCAUUUGUCCCUGUUUAUGUACACACACUUACACAUACACAACACACACACGCACACACACACACACACACCAGACUGUGAGCCAGCGGAGGCCUGGCUUACAGCCUGCAGCAUUCCUGGCCCUAGUAUGUGUCCCUCUGUUGAGGGAAAAUUAGCAAGAGUUUGGCUUAUGGUCAGUGGCUGGCAGGGACGAGAGACAAGGCUGAAGCUUUUGAGAUUAUAGCUUUGAGUAGAGCUGGGGUGUGGUCCAUGCAGUAGCCAAACCUGCAGUGGAGUUUGUCCAUCUAGACCCUGGGCUAGGGAGAUUGGAGUUUCCGAGCUAGUUUCUAGAUAGGGAGAUGUGGUAGAAUACCAAGGGGAUGGAGAUCAGCAGAGGAGCCAAGAGCGGAGAGACUGAAGACAGAUUUCUGCUGAGGGCCAGGAAGGGCCAGGACCUUUAGACAUGAGUAGACUUUCCUGAAGAAGCAUUUGAUGUGGAAGGGAGAGAAUCUAGCCUGUUGCCCAGGGGCGUCUGGACCUGAAACUAAGAAUAUACAUGAAAAGAAGUGUAUAGUCCGUGUCUCAUCACUGCACUGGAGGUGUAUAUGAGUGUGGUGUGUGUGUGUGUGUGUGUGUGUGUGUGUGUGUGAGAGAGAGAGAGAGAGAGAGAGAGAGAGAGAGAGAGACAGAGACAGAGAGACAGAGGGACAAAGAGAGAACAGACUAUGUGAUGGCAUAUGGGAUUGUGUGGGUAUCUGGAUAGCUUUGUGUCUUUCCUGGAGGGUAUGGUUUUGCAUAUCUGGUAAGCAAAUGGUCAUGUUUGAUUUUGACCCAAAUAUUGAAUAUUGGUGUGUUUCUCUGAGCCUAUAUUAGGCCUGUUGAAUGCUUGUUUAUGUGUGUGUGUGGUAUCAAUUUGUCUUUGAACACACAUUAUCUGAUCAUAUGUAUGAGUAAAUGAAUGCCUACUUGGAUCUCAUUGUGAAUAGUCCUGUUUUCCCACAUGUGCCUUUCAGUGUGGGUUCAUCUAAAUAUGUGUGAGCAUAAAGACAUACAUGUGUCCCAUGCAUGUAGGAGAGGAUGUGUGUGUGUGAACAUGCUUAUAUGUGUUGUGGGUGUGGCUGCCGUAUAUUUGUGUGAAUAGGCUUAUGUAUGAAAGUCUGUAUAAAUUCAUUCAUAGCAUUUUUCAUUAUGUCUGUGUCUGCAUGUGCCUGUUUGAAUGCCCACUGUCUCUCAACAGACCUGUGUGUUCGUAUCUAUUUAAAGAAAUGUAAGUAUAAAUAGGCACACUGAGAUAAGGGAAGAGUGGAUGAAUGAAAAAUAUUUGGUGGAAGUGUAUAUCUGAUUAUGGUAUGCAUGAGUAACCACAUUUCAUAAUAGUUGGGUGCAUGUGUCUUACUAUGUUUUUAUUUGGAUUUUUAUUUUUGAGUGUGACUGUAUAUUUGAAUGUGCCUUGAGUGAUUGUGCAUAUAUAUGCUAUUAUUUGUUAAUACCUAACUAUGCAUACAUUCACAUGAAUAUAUCUGUACAUAGGCAUGUGUGAUCAAACACAAUUAAGUGUAUAUCUUUGAAUAGGCCUGUGUGUGUGCCUGUCUGAAUACACAAAUGUGUGAAGUACCCGUUUGCACAGUUCUGGUUUGAAUUUGUAUGUUUGUAUUUAUCUUUGUUUGGUCUAAAGCAUAUGUUAUAGAAUGGUGCAUAUAAAUCUCUGUGCAGGCCAUUCUUGCUUCACAAGCACAUUUGUGUAUGUAUGUGUGUCUGUGCAUCCAUUUAUAUACCUUUGCAUGUAUGUAUGUGAUAAGUUGAUCAAACCUUAUGCAGAUCAACAGGUGUAUGUUCAAGAAUACAUGAGAGUACUUCUAUAGGUGCAUGUAUUGAAAUAUGCUUUUGUAUUCUAUUCCAAUGUACAUAUAAGUUACUCUUCUUUCAUUUAUUUAUGUAGCUUCUCAGAAGGGUGUAUGGACAUAAUGGUGUAUAUAUAUACCUGACUGUGAUCGUGUGCUUUUGUGAGUAUAUUUAUUUCUAUAGUUCAUUGUAUACAUAUCAAAAUGAAUUAAUGUAUGUACAAGUCUAUAAACAUACAAAUAUGCUGUGUUUGUACAUGGUCAGUUAUACAUACAAGUCUAUGUGUUAUAAUACCUGCAUAUGUAUACAUAAUCUCAUUUACAAGCAUUUGCACAUCUGGGUAUGGAUAUGUGUGAGCACACCUAUACAUAUAUGUCUGUAUGUAUGCCUGCAUGCAAAUAUACUUCUGUGAUUAUGUUUGAGUGUAUACAUAUACAUGUUUGGGAGCCCCCCUUCUGUGCCCCCAUUUCCUUAUUAUCUCUUCAGAUAUGAUCCAUAUAUUUUUACAUAUCUCUGUAGAUAUGUAAAAGUAUGUCUGUGUACUUGUGUUUGUGAGUGAAUGCACGUCAUUCAUGAGUAAAUCAUGUGAAUAUAGUACAUUUAAAAGAAUAAAUGGAUGUACUUGGGACUAAGUCCAAUGGAAAUGUGCCUUGGGGGGGGUAAAUAAAGGUAUUUGUGUCUCCGCCUGUCUGAUAUGAGAUGUGGCCUUGUGCAGACUGACCUCUACACAAACCUUCUACCCAAACCCGCCCGUGCUUUCAUCUCGCUCACACCACACGGGUGCGCUUACUUUCUGCACAGCACUCUGCGCGUGCUCGCUAACGAGCACUGGGGGCCAUGCUAAAAUAUUGAAACAUAAAAAUCUCCCUUCCCAUCCCGCCACUGCCAAAGGCAUAGAGCAGGAUGGCAUCAUAAUAGUGCCUAGGGUUAGUUAGAGCUUUGGUUGGAGUGUGUGUGUGUGUGUGUGUGUGUGUGUGUGUGUGUGUGUGUGUUUGGUUGUGUGUGUGUGAAAAGAGAGACAGACAGAUAAUGUGAGAAAGUCUGAAUGUGCAGCAUCUGGACAUUUCACAGACAGCAGCAAAUUAUGGCACCAGGCAGAAAUCGAGAUGUUAAGAAAAUAUGUUUAGGCGAAAGUAUAUCUUAGGAAAGUAGUAGGUAUUGGGGGGCCUGAGUGUGUAGAGUAUGUGUAUGUAAGGGAGUGUAUUGUUUCUGGCUAGGGUGUGCAUGAGAGAUAAUUGUGUAUAUUAAGGAGGGAAGGAUUUUUUGGAAUACAAAGACACACACACACAUCCCACCCAAAUAUUUUCAACUGUCACACAAACAAUCUGCGUAUACCUCUACACAAACCUACUAUCCAAAUCCACCCAUGCUUCUAUCUCCUCCACACCAUAUGGAUGUACCCGACCCACACUCUGCACAGUACUUCCCACACAGAUGUGCCUUACACACGUUCUUCAGACACUCAAUCCAGUUUUCAUCCGGAGACUCAGUGAGCGUGUGUAUUGGGAUGUCCCAUGUUUAUGAGAUGUGGAUGUAUCCUGAUGGUAUAUAAGAAAAAGUGUAUGGAUACAUUCAGGCUGUUCGUGAGACAAUAUGUGGGUGCAUUUGGAAAAGGAUUUGAAUGUAGAUGUGUUUGAACAGUGAGCAGGUCAAAGCGUGAAUAUACUUAGGUGGCAAAGUGUGUGUGAGAGAGACGAAACAGAUAACGUGAGAAAGCAUGAAUGUACACAUCUGGACAAAAUUUGUGUUUGAAUGUGAGUUCUCUAAAUUAGGUUAGUAUCUGGGUGAUAUAUGAAUAUAUGUGUCUCUGUGUGCAUAUAUGUGGCUUGAGAAAUUGUGAAUAUAUCUAGGUGGGGUGUGUUUAAGUGCAGUGUCUUUUGGAGGGUACGUAUGUCACCUUGGGUAUAUUCUGAUUGUGUACAUUUGAAAGAGAUUGUAGGUAAACCUAAGAUAGGUCUGAGGACUCCAAGUUGGGGUGGGGUUAAGUUAUGUAUGCUGAGUUAGAGAUCGUAUAAGUGUGGCAUUAAUUGCAUAGAGUGAUUGUAAGGGUAAGCAUAUUUGAGGUGAUUAUACAUGAGAAUGGAUGUAUGUAAAUUGAAUGUGUGUGAAAGUGUGGGUGUAUUGGUGUUGGGUAUAUGUGUGACAGUGGGUGUUUCUGAGCGGUGUGUGUGAGAAGGAAAAUGAAUUGUGUAUAUCUGGGUUUGGGGCUUGUGAGAAUGUGGGUAUAUCAGACUAGGAUAUGUGCAGUUCUCUGGGUGGAUGGGGAAGAGAGAAUCUAAGUGGUAUGUGUGAGAGAAAGAAAAUAUUUGUUUGUAAAAAUCAACCAGUUUUGGGUCACUCGAGUCAAAAACCGUGGCCUUCCAUAACCGAUGAUGCUAAGUACCUUUUACAUGUGUCUUAGUCUGUGCUUUUAUUUUCUUGUAAAGACAACUUUUUAUUUUUUCUUUUCUUCAUAAUUUAAGGGAAAUCAACCUCUCAAAAAUAAAAAGAAUUAGGCUAAAAAAAAGAAAAUAUUUGUUUGUGUGAAAUGAGUGAAUCUAGCAUGUGUGAAGGUAUAUCUGGAUAGUGUGUGUUUGCAUGUAUUUCAGUUGGAAAGAUAACUAACAUGGAUUUAUAUGGCUGUUUUAUGGGGGCUGUAUUAGAUGUUUUGUAUAUCCAAUAGUGUAGUUAUUUAUGAGCAAAGUUUGUAAUUGUGAUCACACAUGAAUAUAUUUUCUAGGGCAUAUAUAUCUCUGGUAAAAUGUCUGUAAUGUGAACUUGUCUAUAACUCGGUACGAAUGACCAUUUGUACCUAAGUGUAUUAGUAAAUGGGAACUAACUUGUGUGUGCAAGUGCUGUAUGGUUUUAUAAUAUAUAUGCAUAUACAUUAUAUUAUAAAUUUUAUGUUUGGGGUAAAUCUAUUUCUUUGUUUUAAUAAUUUACUUAAUUUUAUUUUAUGUACAUUGGUGUGAGGGUGUCAGAGCCCUUGGAACUGGAGUUACAUGAGCUGCCAUGUGGGCGUUGGGAAUUGAACCCAGGUCCUCUGGAAGAGCAGCCAGUGCUCUUAACGGCUGAGCCAUCUCUCCAGCCCCUGAGGUGAAUAUAUUUCUAAUUGUGAAUUGGGUCUGCAAGGUCUCUAGAGACAGCCUUUCGGUUAGUGUUUAUUAGAUGUGUAGUUGGGGGGAAAUCACAUAACCUCAACCAAGCCCCAGUCUCCAGUCUAGAAAAUGGAAGAAAUAAAACUCCCUAUCAUGUAAUGUUAGGAUAGGCAAAGUUAAUACACGAGGAGUGCUUGUAACAGUGCCUACCAUGUAAUAAGCCCUCUCAUGAGGAACUGCUUAUUAAAAGUAACAACAGUAUAUUACCUGUCUGUAUCACCUGUGUGUAUACCUGUUACAAUUAUCCCUGUCCUGGUGGCUAACGGUGUGCAUUCAUCUACAAGUGCAAAGAAGAUUUUCAUAUGCAUAUUUGCCUCAUUACAUGUGCCCACAUGUAUGUCCAAGAAAAUGAGCCUGGCCUCUUUUUACGUAAGAGUAUGUUUAUACAUGAAAAUUAGUUUAUAAAGUAUCUCAGUGUUCAUAUAGAAACACAAGCGGGUAAGGAAAAAUGUGCACAAGGCCAAGUGGAAGGGCAUUCAGCCCUUUGUGUAUAUUUGCUCAUAUAUGCUUCUCUGGGUGUAUGAGUGCACACAUCCCAUAUGUGUGAGAAUGCAGUAUCUGUGAGAAUGCAGGUGUAUCGACAUGCAUGAACAUGAAUGGGUCCGUGUACACAUGUGCCAGUGUAUUUUUAUCUAAUUAGGGAAUUAGGUUUAUAGUUACCAGGAUGUACAUGCAUGGGGGAGAGGGUCUCUGUUCCGUCUGUAAAAUUCGGAAGGCUGCUGUACGUGAUGAGUGCAGUGGAAGCAUUUAUGUGGUAUGGGUUUGUGUCUAUAUGGCCAUCUAUUAGAAUGUGUGCAUCUGUGUUGUUCAGUGAGGGUGGAAUGUGUAUGCGUGAAUGGAUGUGUGGGCAUCUGAAGAUUUGUGUUUGUAUGUUUCUAAGCCUCAGUGGUUAUGUGGGUUAAGGAUGCGUGAGUCUGAACUAUUUCAUCUGCUUGAUUGCCUCACUGUGCAGCUGUGAAAACUGAGUAAUAUGCCUGCAAGUACGUCUAUGCCAUCUAUAUGUAAGUGACUAUGUGCCAGGGCAUAUUUGUGAAUGUGGCUUUUUAUAAAAUCAUAGGUUUGGGGUCAAUGAGAUGGCUCAGUGGGAAAAAAGGUGCCUGCCACCAAGGCAGACAACCCGAGUUCAACACCUGGGACUCACAUGGUAGACAGAGAGAACUAACGCCAUACGUUGUUCUCAUACUCCUGUUUGUGUGCGUGAAGCACAGGGGAAUGCACAUAAAUAAAUAGCCUUUAAAAAUAAAAUGUAAUAGCUUCAGUGUCUCGCGUAAGAGCUGGUGGUGUGAGGCAGAGAAAGUCUGGAUCUAUAGGACAUGAGCAAAACAUGACCCCUGUCUAAUGUCAGUUUUUAUGCCUGCACAUGCAAGACUGUGUCUGAAAGUGUAAGUCCAUGAAAUUAGGUUUGUGUAUAUGUGCAUCUCCAAGUUCCCUUUGAUGUACCUUUUCUGGCUUUUUUUGAGACAGGAUUUCUCUGUGUAACAGCUUUGGCUGUCCUGGAACCUGCUUUGUAGAUCAGGCUGGCCUUGAACUCACAGAGAUCCAUUUGUCUCUGCCUCCCAAGAGCUGGGAUAAAAGGUGCGUGCCACCACAUCUGUCUUCCAAGUGCCCUUUGAAUGGAUCUUGUUGGCCUAGAGCUCACUGUGUAGCCCAGGCUUGCAUUAAACUUGCAGCUUCCUCACAGAGCAUGGUGGCACACAGCUUUAAUCCAGCACUUGGGAUGCAGAAGCAGGUGUAGCUCAGCAAGACAACUGAUGGAGUCCCCCAGGGCACAUCAAAUACCGGCCUGGCCGACCCCCUAGGGUUGGGGUAGCCCUUGCCCCUCAGUAUGGCCAACACCACCGGAGAGCCUGAGGAGGUGAGCGGCGCACUGUCCCUGCCAUCAGCAUCGGCUUACGUGAAGCUGGUGCUGCUGGGACUGAUCAUGUGUGUAAGCCUGGCAGGCAAUGCCAUCUUGUCCCUGCUGGUGCUCAAGGAGCGUGCCUUGCACAAGGCUCCUUACUACUUUCUGCUGGACCUGUGCCUAGCUGAUGGCAUACGCUCUGCCAUCUGCUUCCCCUUUGUACUGGCUUCUGUGCGCCAUGGCUCCUCAUGGACCUUCAGUGCGCUCAGUUGUAAGAUUGUGGCCUUCAUGGCUGUGCUCUUUUGCUUCCACGCGGCCUUCAUGCUGUUCUGCAUCAGCGUCACCCGCUACAUGGCCAUCGCCCACCACCGCUUCUAUGCCAAGCGCAUGACACUCUGGACAUGCGCAGCUGUCAUCUGCAUGGCCUGGACCUUGUCUGUGGCCAUGGCUUUCCCACCUGUCUUUGAUGUGGGCACCUACAAGUUUAUCCGAGAGGAAGACCAGUGCAUCUUUGAGCAUCGCUACUUCAAAGCAAAUGACACCCUGGGCUUUAUGCUUAUGUUGGCUGUGCUCAUGGCAGCCACACAUGCUGUCUAUGGCAAGCUGCUCCUCUUCGAGUACCGUCACCGCAAGAUGAAGCCAGUGCAGAUGGUGCCAGCCAUCAGCCAAAACUGGACAUUCCAUGGCCCUGGGGCUACCGGCCAGGCUGCUGCCAACUGGAUCGCUGGCUUUGGCCGUGGGCCCAUGCCACCAACUCUGCUGGGUAUCCGGCAGAAUGGGCAUGCAGCUAGCCGGCGGCUACUGGGCAUGGACGAGGUCAAGGGUGAAAAGCAGUUGGGCCGAAUGUUCUACGCGAUUACACUGCUCUUCCUGCUCCUCUGGUCGCCAUACAUCGUGGCCUGCUACUGGCGAGUGUUUGUGAAAGCCUGCGCUGUGCCCCACCGCUACCUGGCCACUGCUGUUUGGAUGAGCUUCGCCCAGGCUGCCGUCAACCCAAUCGUCUGCUUCCUGCUUAACAAGGACCUCAAGAAGUGCCUGAGGACUCAUGCCCCUUGCUGGGGUGCAGGGGGUGCCCCAGCUCCCAGGGAACCCUACUGUGUCAUGUGAAGCAAGCCAGUAGGUGAUAGGCAGGGGAAAGUUGUGAUCACCAUACUGGGGCCAACAGCAGGGGAAGCGUGGGACCCACACAGAAGCCUUCUUUUUUAAGCUUCAGCCCAGGCUCUCAAACCAUCCAUAACUGAGGCAUUUUGCAAACACCUCCCUAGGGGUGGAAACUGGGUGAGGAAUUGGGAAAGAGGCAUUUCUAGUUUUGUGGGGCUUGUCCCGCAGCCUCCUCCACUUCUACAAUCUCUUUCCCAUGCCUCCCUGCCUCCUUAUCCCUCUCCCUUCUCCUCUUUCUAAAGUGACGAUUCAGUAAAAAAGAAAAAAAAAGAAAAAAAAAGAAAAAGAAAAAGAAAAAAAAAGAAACUGAAAAUGCAGGGUUUUUAAUAAUAACAGCUGAGGAAGCAAGCUUUCUUGCUUAAAAGUCACCCCCCCCUUUGACAUUGUCAAGAAAUGGAAGUUUUCUCCUGUAAAAUAGAUUUCCAGAGAUCUUAUUGCCCCCCCCCCCCGUUCCCAUUCACCCUCCCCUUCUGAGUCCCUUAGCAAGACUUGGAUGUUUAGGAAAUACUGACUUAAGGCUUCACACAAGAGGGACCAAAUGGGGUGCUGCUCUCCUGGGGAGCAAGGACGUUUAAAUUGCUACAUUGUGUGCGAUGUUGUUUUUGGCUUAACCUUGAUCUCAAGCCUGGUCUCCUUAUCCCUCCCUAUCGUGUCCAGACUUUGCUGGUGUUUCUGGAGGCUCUGUUUGAGAAGCGAAGAGCGUACAAAGAAGGGCCUCCAUGAUGUGCCCAGGCUAGAUGAAGAGUCGAAUGAUAGAUGAGCUCCUCAACCAAAAUCCAAAUUUAGCUGCACUCUCUCGAACUUUCUCUUGGAACCCCACCCUUUCUUCCUAGGACUAUGCAUCUGCUUGUCCCCACCGGGGAUGAUGUGAAUACAUGCCACAUGCCGGCGGGGAAGUCACCCAUGGAAGUAGAGGGAGAUAGUUGAACUCCCCAGAGUGGCUGGACUCCAGAGCCUGGGGUCAGAGCUAAAUUCAACCCCACAAUUGUUUCUUGGGCUCACACUAUUCUUCUGGAAACAAAACUUCUUUGGGAGCCUUGGUAACACUUCAAGGUACAAACUUCAAGGUACCCGGGAAUUGGGUCCAAUCCUGUCUGACUUCUUUUUGUCCCUUCUAGGUCUCCCAGGCCUUGAGCCCCUUCCUUAGCUGUCCUUCCAUGCCACAAACAUCCUUCCCUGUAGUUUUUCCUCCCUUCACCCUUACCUAUACCCAAAGUGGAGCAAACUAUACCCAAUUCCACAGGUGGAAGGUCCCAAGCCUCUUUUCCACAGACAGAGACCACCCUGGGCUUACUGACUUCAAGGCCAGUUCCGUAGACUGGUGAACCAAGCUGGAACUCUGCCUAAGUUUGGGGCUGUGAUCUCCUCAUCCCCUUUCUUUCCUUAGAAACUCCUAUCCUAAACUCCAACCCUUUCCCCAAGAUAGCCCGUGAACUGAGGAAGCUUUGACCCAAAAGCAAUGAAGGAGGUGUUCUAGACAGAAAAGAUAUUGGUGACCCUGGCUGUGGAGAGGCCCUGGAAAAGCAGGCCAGAGUAGCUGAGAGGCUGUAAAUGUGUUGUGGGUGGGGCUGUACUCUCAGUGAUGAUGACAGGAAUGCCUUUCUGAGGGCAGGGGUGGAAAGAGCAAGGUGGGAGGGCACAUAGGGAAGAUUCAGGAGGCUUUUCCUCCAUUUCCUUUUUAUAACUGCCUGGCUUCAUCAUUGGAUUUUGUAAAUGGAAAAACUGAAAUGAACAAUGUUAUAUUGGAUGUUUUCUCUUUCUCCCUCUCUCCCUCUCUUUCCCUCCCUCCCUCCCCCCCUCCUCCCUCCCCCCCCCUCUCUCUCUCUCUCUCUCUCUCUCGUGUGUGUAUGUGUCUGUGUCUGUGUGUCCUAUCUGUGUAUGAUCACGUGUGGGGAGGUAUGAUUAAGUGAGACAGUGUGUGUCUGUGUGACUUUGUGUGAAUAGGAAACCCUGAGGAAAACUUGCCUGCUACACAUAUAUAAGCAAAUACCUAUAUGUGAGGAAAUAGAGUACACACACGUGUACACACAUCCACACAGAGAGACACAGGAAGAGAGGAGACACAGGAAGGAGAGGAGACAAAACUUAGUAUGUGCCUGCAGCAGGAAAUAGAGUGCUUAGGAGAUGAACCUGAAAAGUUUUAUGUAUGUAUGUGUCAAGACGGUCAACUCCCAUCUCAUAAGAUUGUCUUCCCUUGGCCCAGCUUCUGAGCACCAGGUGAGGAGAGAAUAGCUUAGAACCUCAUCUCUUCCGAAUGUCUGGAGAUUCAGCCCCCACCCCAAAAUUCAAAUAAGGUAUUUCUGAAAUUGGACCACCAUGGAAAUAGGAAAUGGGAAUGGGGGUGUCAAACAUGGAGGUAAUGAGGUUAAGAGAUGGUCCCCUGCAAUGUAAUGGCUUUUAGAGGAACCGCUCCAUCUGAACUGGGAGUUCUUAAGGUUCCACUGUAUCCAGCUGGGACUUUGUUCAGCUUUGACUAAAUUCAGAAGGAAGGAUGGCAUGGAGAAAAAGCCCAAGUCUGGGGGUCUACCCAGCUGGCCUACUCCCUAGGCGCUCAAUUAAUUUACUGUUUAUUUAUUUACUUAUUUAUUCUUUCAGUUGCACAGAAUUGAGCUGACCAUAUUCCUCAAUUCUCGGCGCACUAUAUCAUCAUUGGUCCAUGCAAGGUCCUUUUAUUAUUUUGUUUGUUCCCUUCAUCACCCAUCCCCGAUCCCAUCUUUCCCCACCCCACACAGGCACCACUCUUCUGGACUUAAUGUGUGUCCUUCCAAACCACCGUUCAUGCGUUCAUUUACUUAUGUGUAUCUGUGGAAAAUAUAUGGUAUCGAUGUUUUAAUUUACAUAAACAGUAUUGUACUAUAAAUCUUGUUCUGUUUC